AACUUUUAAACUUGAAGCCGUGUACCCAUUCUGUAAUAAUGAAGGAUUUAUGUGCAGAAUGUGGGACAGAUCUAAGACAGCUAGAUAAGGAUAAUUUUGCCAAACUUACUGCAUCUACUACUUUUAGUAUGGUACAUGUUGUUCCUGAAUUAAAAGUCAGCCUUGAGCAAGCUGAGAAACUAGGACAAGAUGAUGAAGACCGCUUACUGAAAAACCGAAAACUUGUCCUUUUGGUUGAUCUUGAUCAAACUCUUAUUCACACAACCAAUGAUAAUGUUUUAAAAGAUUUACCGGAUGUAUAUCACUUUCAACUCUAUGGGCCUUAUUCUCCAUGGUAUCAUACGAAGCUAAGACCUGGAACAGCAACAUUUUUAGCGAAUAUAUCGAAGUAUUAUGAACUUCAUAUUUGUACAUUUGGUGCAAGACUUUAUGCUCACAAAAUUGCACAGAUUUUAGAUCCUGAUGGUAAGCUUUUUUCCCACCGCAUUCUGUCCAGAGAUGAAUGCUUUGAUGCUACUUCAAAGACUGGAAAUUUAAAAGCGCUUUUUCCUCGAGGAGAUGCCAUGGUUUGCAUUAUUGAUGACAGAGAAGAUGUGUGGAACUUUGCCCCUAAUGUAAUUCAUGUGAAACCAUACUGCUUUUUUCGAAACACUGGAGACAUCAAUGCACCUCCUCCAUCUUCUCAUGAAACACAGCCACUAAAGCCAUCUGAAGUUUCUAAACCUACACCUUUGGCUAAACCAGAGGGUAAGAAUCAAAAUUGUGAUAGACAAGAAAAAGCUGAUGGUGUUAAAGAGGAUUCUUCUGUGCUGGCAACUCAUUCUUCUAAUAAUGACUCAGCUGGCACUGCUCAGUCAAUAGAAAGUGCUUCACAAGCUGCUUCUUUAGAAAAUGAACAGAAUAAUGUUGGGAAGAUUUCUGUAUCAGCUGAAGAAAGUGAUAUUAAAGCCAAGGAUAAAGAAGUAGACUUUCUCAGGAGCUUAUCAAAUUCUGUGAAUAAUUCUGAUGAUUAUUUAUUAUAUCUGGAAGAAAUUCUUGUGAAUGUUCAUAAAGCUUAUUAUGACCAGUAUGAUAAGAUGAAGAAGGAAGGUGGAAAUUCUAUUCCAGAUUUAAAAACUGUUGUUCCUGAUGUACGUCGAAAGGUACUCAAAGGUAUUAACAUUGUAUUCAGUAGUGUUAUUCCAACAAACUGUGUGCCAGAAACUAGCCGUUUCUGGACUCUUGCUGAAUCUCUAGGUGCUACUGUGUCUCAAGAACUAAUCCUGGAUUCUUCUGAAAGAAGGACAACUCAUGUUGUUGCCUCUAAACUUGGUACAGCCAAAGUUAAUGCUGCCAAAAAACAUUCUGACAUUUAUAUUGUGUCAUUACCUUGGUUAUUGUGUUGUGCAGAAAGGUGGGAGCGACCAGAAGAAAGACUUUUCCCCUUGAAAAAAGAUUUUGCUCCUUCAUUUCACGAUAGUGAUAAAACAUUUGAUGCGAAUAAUGAACAUUCCUUUUAUGAACAGGCAGUGGAAAAGCCCGUGAAAGGAUGGCCAACUGUCAAAAGACCUCACGGUUCUUCCAGGAAAAGAAGUCGAAGACACCAACUCAAAACUGAGGAAGAAAUAUUUUCUGAACGGAUAUUUGUUGAAGCUGGACUUUCUUUAUCACAAGAAGAUAUUGAAGACAUGGAUAGAGAAGUUGAUCAGGUAUGCAGUGAAGAAUCUGACAAAGAAAGUGAAAAGAUGGAACCUUCAUCUGAUUCUUCAAGUGGAGAAUCUUUGUCAUCAGGAGAUUAUCCCAAAGGCUGGAAAAGGCAUCGAAAAAAUGAUGUUACUGAUAUUGCAUUAGAAGAUGCCAUUGAUGAAAGUAGUGAUGCAGACACUAUUGGUUCUGUUGAUGAAGAAAUUGCUGAUGCCGUUAAACAAGAAUUUGGAAAUUACUAGUCUGUAUUGUUAUUCUUAUUUAUAUUCUUAUUAUGUUAUUAUCGUAAAACGUAUGUUAAAUUUUUUAUAUGAAACGAGUUCUUAAAUAAUUUUUAUAUCCAAUAAUCAUAGAGUACAAAACACUAAUAUUGCAUAUAUUUAUGAUACUGUGAAGCUUUUAUUUCUUAUUUUUAGAAGAAAAGCUUUAUGUGUAUGUGUGCAUUUGGCAUCAUGAGCUAAGCUUGACAUAUGUAAUGUAAAAUAAUUGCAGGUGUUAUACUUUAGUGUUAUACUAAGACUUUAAGUGUUAUACUACGUUGAUAUUAAUUAUUUCUAAAAUAAUACACAGCACAAUUAAACAUGUUAAUGUUUUAUUUUAUGUUUUUGUCAAAGCUGAUAUAAAAUAAAUAAUUUUCCUAUCUUUAUAAAUAAUAAUUUUGAUAUUAAAAAGUGCCUUUUCUUUAACAUGAAUCCUUUUUACAUACUAAUCAGUAAUAUAAUCACUAUAACAUUUAGGAAUUGUUUUCAUUUUUAAAUGGUAAAUUGUUUCUCGUGUAUGGAAGAUUCUAAAAAAAUUUAGUUGCAUAUUGUUCUCAUGUAUGGAAGAUUGCAAAAAAUUUUAGGUACAUAUUGUAAAAAGUUUGAAAAUGAAUUUUGCUUUUGUUGUUUAAUUAUCAGCUUCUUUGCUCCCUGUAUAGGGAGAAUGAAGUUCUUUCCCUGAGCCUGUGAACUUGUAAUGCUGAAUUUUACUGUAUGCUCGAAAGUUUCCACAAUUAAGCCUAACAUGUAAAAAUAUUUUCUAGAAAAUUCUAAUAUCUACGAUUGAAGUGAUUAAAAAUAAAUGCAAUAUAAAUAUUAAUAAUUAUUCACUUAAAUUAUUUGCAUGCAGUAAUCAAGUGGAAAACUUAAGAAUUCAAAUAUCAGUGUCUAUUAUAUCCUAUUACCACAUUUAUAAUGCAAAUAUGUAAGCAUUUUCACAUUGUAAAACAUUUUAAAACUCUGAACAAUACAUUGUUCAGUAUCAUUCUCUUUGCAUCUAUAGAAUAAAAUAGUAAAUACAGCACAAAAUCUGAAAUCUGGAUAUUCAGUAUCUGGAAUGAUCUAAAAUCCAGACGUCUGGAUUACGGGCAAACUUUUAUUUUUUGUAAUAUCAGUAAUUGAAUAUAAAAGAGCAUGGUAAUCUUUUAUGUUGAUGAUAUGCUUGCCGUUGAUUACAAACUUCACUAACUCCAACUCCACUACAGAUUAAGUAUGUUAAUUAGCAGAAAUUUAACAUAUUUUUUUCAUAUACAAAAAAUUAAUUUUGUAAAUGAUGUACUCAUAGGUAAAAAGAUUACAUUUAGUGUAGUUUGAAUUGAGAAUAACUUAUCUGUUAUUCAAAUAAGCCAUAGCUUCAGUGCACAUAACAACUGUGGCAAUAACAACUGCAGUGGACUACAAAAUUUAGAGAAGGCAAAAUCUUUAGAUUUAGAGAAGCACCAAGCAAUAAAAGUGAAGGAUGGGAAAGCCUGUAGAAUUUACAGAAGGCAGUGGAACACAAAAUUUUUAGGAUUUAGGAAGGUGCUAUGCAACAGAAUUUCGAUUCCACCAGGCUACAAAAUUAAAAAAUUUUUUACCCACGGAGACUGCACCAUGCAGGAAAAUGUCUAGCAUCAGCCCUUUAUAAGUAUAUGUGGGAAUUUAUUUAUUCGGGACUCAGAUAAGCCUUAAUCAUAUGCAGAAAAGGAGCAUGAGUGUAAUAAAUAAUUCAAAUUCAAACUUACUUUGUCAGCUUGUGCUUAGAACUAGGCAGAACUUAGCAGAAUAUGUCUUUAGUUGCCAGUCUCACGAUACAUCACCAAAAGUGUAUAGUGGACACUAGCUAAGAUUGGACAUUAUGACAAAUUUGAAAGUGUUCCAACAUCACUAAUAAAAAGUGAAAUUUUCCAAUUAAUGUAAUUUUUAAAUAAAUAGGGAAAAGUUGUAAUAAAUGAAGAUGAUAUAAAAAGUUUUUAUUGCGAUGAUGAUGCCUCAGUCAUCAGUUAACUGAGGGAUAGUGAAAUCUGUGUUAAGGUUUCUAAGUCCAAAAAAUAUCUCUACCAAUAGUUAUUGCUGAAAACGAAAAAAACUUUGAUUAACAAUUUAGUAGGAAUUCUUGAUGUGACAAUUACAGGACUUAAUAGUACUUUGUUAUUGAACAAGAAAUUAUCUCUCUCUAUUGAAUUAAAGAAAAAGUAUUAGCACAAAAAAAUUAAGCAAAUUAAACAAUUUAUAUUGAAAGAAAUGUUUAAUAAAGCAAGCAAGUAGAGGUUUUUUUUUUUUUUUCUUUUUUUUUUCCUUGUUUGUUUUCUAAAUUUUGAUUCCCUAAGGUCAUAAAUGCAUCAUUAUUUCAAAAAACAUUAUUUCAUAUUUUUAAUUUUAUAAUGUCUAUAUGUUUUCUUACUGGAUUUAAACUUAUAUCUAAUAUUUGGAAAAAUCCCUAAUGUGGAAUUGCCGAAGUCUCAAUGAAUCUGGAUGGAUUUUGUAUUGAAAUGCUCAUAAUAACAAAGUUAAUGCUCAUUCAUUCUGACAUCUUUUAAAAUUAUUUGGAAUUUCAAAUAAAACAUUUGGUUUCAAGUAUCAAACAUGAUUCUUUGGGCUACGGUGCGUGAGCGAGAAGUUAUAGAUAUUUUGUAGAAGCAUAUAUUUUUCAAAUCUAAUGAGGUGGCCCUUGCAUGCUUAUGUUCAAAUUAAUUUUAAGUACUUUUUAGCAAGAGUGGUUUGCAUAACUCAAAUACAAAAAAAAAAAAAAAAAAAAAAAAAUUGCUGUAUUUUAAAUUUGUAAGUAGUCCAUGGUAAUAAAACAACUGUUUCAUGUAUUUUGUUUUAAUUUGAAAAUUAUCUUCAAUCAUUUGUGCAUGAAUAUGUAAUAUCCAUAACCAUAUAAAUAAUUUGAGAUGUAUAUAUUCAUGUUCGUAUCUGUAAUAAAAUCAUCUUAAAUUUUUACUUGUUUGUUAAUUGAAUUUUCAUAUUUUAUGUGUAUCAAUAAAUUGUUCAUUUUUGGAGUGGAA